GUUUCACUUCACUCACAGACAAAGAGACGCAGACAUGGCCGUGGCCAACUUCCACUACAUCACCCGCAUGAGCAGCGGCUUCAAGGUCUACAUCCUGGAAGGUCAGCCCCACCUCAGAAGUGAGGACAGGUACAGGCACAUCACCAACGACCGAGUCCGAGCCCCAACGGUGUAUCCAGUCAAACGCAAACGCAGCCACGAGCGAGGCCUGACACUGGAGGAGAGGCGCGAGCGAGUUCUGGCCAGAAGCAGCGGCAAAGUAGCCCAGAGGACGGCGCCAGCACCUCCUGUGUUUACCAACUCACAGAGCCCCACGUCCACCUGGAAUUCUGCACACAGCCCCACCGCCAGCCCUCUGCCCACCCAUGUGUAUUACACCCCAGUCAUGGAUGAACCACUGGCCCUCAUCAAGAAACCAAGAAAAGACCCUGAAAACACAGAGGAGAAGUCCACCAGCAGCGGUGCCGCCACUCAGAUCCAGAUGCGACCAUCGGUGAUCACCUGUGUCUCAUCAGUAAGGAACCCCUCCAGCAGACCUGAGGUCCACAGAAGCCACACAUCAGUGGUUUCCAGCAGCAGCUACGAUCACGGCGUCGAGGAACAUUUCCAGAGGAGCCUCGGGGUCAACUACCAGAAGGCUCACUCCCAGCAGCUCUCCAUCAGCGUGUCUGUCGAUGACCACUUCGCCAAGGCUUUGGGGGACAAGUGGCUGCAGAUUAAAUCCAAGUCUUCCUCCUGCUCCUCCACACCCCCCAGUAGUCCGAGUGUCACCCACUCCCCCAGCCACAGCCACAGCCCAAAUCAGUCCCACAAAGAGUCCGCCAGCGGCUCAUCGCCGUCCUCCAGCCGCUGGUCCAUCAAUUAAAGCAGAAAUGAGCCCCGGGUGUGGGGGAAGAAACUGAACUUUUAACAUUUCAAUGCGUGCAGCUGCGAGUGCUCUACUGUUGAAGCGGCAAACGGACGCAAGGAGGGUCGCCGACGGACCGCCGCACGUCCAAAUUUAAGAUAGACACAUGUAGCAUCGGUGCCCGUUUGUCGCGUUCUUUAUCUUCUGCUUGUCGGUAGCAUCCGAGCGCCUGAGAUACUUUAGGUGGCGAUGUGGGGCGGUUGGAAAGAAAAUCAGCCCAUUCCUUUACAUUUCCUUGAUUUUGUGUCACUCCUCCGCCUGAAUGCCACAGUUUCGUUGUGUUAUAUUUAUAUUCUGAUACACCUGGGUUCCUUAUAGUCUCCGUGACUAAUGUAUUAAUGACCUAUCUGUUGUAAUAUUAUUGAGGAUUGACAGCUGUACAUAAAGCAAAGUCUUUUGGAAAGAAUAAAAAUGUAAAAAAA